CCCUAUUCGAAACCCUAUGAACUGGCCGAUCGAGCUCUAUCUUCCGCCGCCGUGUUCGCAAGCCUUAGCUGAAACCCGCCUCCUCUCCCUCGCUCUGUCGUUUGCACGUUCAGAAGGAAGGAAGUCGACCCGGUUCUUCCUCGCCUCCAUCGACGACCUGCCCUAGCCGAGUCCGACGCCGAUGCCCGCAGAUCCCGAUCUCCUGCCCUAGCCGCCGACCCGCUCUCACGCUCUGGGACUUCAUUUUCAAGAAUUCUUUGAGAGGUUAAUGAUACUAAAGAUGAGAUGGCUUCUCCUUGGAAACUUUCUGGAAUGCAAAGGCAGGUCUUGGCUUUGUACCGUUGUUUUCUUCGGGCAGCCCGGUUGAAGAAUCUUGAAGACCGCCAAAGGAUUGUGUCUGUUGUCUCCGCAGAGUUCCAUCAUAAUGCUAAUAAUGUUGAUCGCAAAAACUUUCAGUACAUUGAAUAUCUUUUGCGGCGUGGGAAGAGGCAGCUUGAGCAACUCAAGAAUUCCACCACCAUUUCACUUUCAACAAUCAAUCUCAAUUCUUCUGCUUCGAAAACAAUCACUGAAGACAAGAAGCUUGCUUCAACGUAUCAUUAAGGUAGCCACAGGAUCAUCCCCAAGAGUCUUAAUAGUCCUUCUGCUGAUACGUACAAAGGGCAUGCGGCAAUGGCAAUGGGUUAGAGGGUAGCGGUAGUAGGCAGAGCAUGUGGGGGCACAUGGUGAGCUUGUUGGAGUUUUCCAAACCAAGCGCUGCUUCAAUGCUUCCGUUUAUUUAUUUUUAAUUAUUAUUAGGCAGUUUAAAACUUGUUGGUUAUUCUCUAUGUUUGGUUAUCCCGUGAAAAGACUUUUUUGUGUGUGGAGUUUUGCUCUCGGUUUUGUCUUUGCCAGUGAAAAUACUUGUGAACAGAGAAAUUUUGUGUGUUAUUUUCUUCUCGUUUUUCUUC